AUGGCAUCCGAGGAUCCAAACGACCAGACCUCCUCUGCGUCUAGGAGCUCCAAUGCGAUCGCCCGCAAUGACGGGCCCUUUGUCUUGCGCACAUUGCUGGAGGAUGUGCCCUUGUCGGCAGAUGACGCUGCCGAAGGGACCAAGAUUAAUUGUGUUGAUUACCUAGACCACAACCUAUACAUUGGCACGAGCGCGUCCGAAUUGCUUCACUUUGUCCAAAUCCCAGCCGAUCCAGCCGAUCCAGCCGGACGACCAUCUUUCAUACUUGCUUCCCGUCUCCGACCGGCCUUUGCCGAGACCAGCAACUCGCUUCCUGGCAUUCAACAGAUUCUUCUCUUGCCCAAAGUCGGAAAGGCCUGUGUGCUUUGCAACUGGACUGUCACCUUUUACUCUCUCCCCGAAUUCAGCCCCGUAUUCGGCACCACGCAGGUGAAGAACUGCAAUUGGGUUGGCGGAGUAGACUUGAACGAUCCCCAAGAUGACGUUGACGAACCCGCUGCGGGGGUGUUCAUUCUCCUGUCGUUAAUGCGGAGGAUUCAGGUUGUGAGGAUCGGGGAGGUCGCAAGAGCAGUCAAGAAUAUCGAUGUCUCCGGGACUACAAUAUCAAUCCGACGCGACUCCAUUGCGUGCGUUGCUGAUUCGCGGAGUUACUCCUUGCUCGACGUUGGCAGGCAGCUUAGGAUUCCGCUUAUGACCAUUUCAUCGUUGGACGACUCACAGCCCGCUGGAGAGAUCGGCCAGGCUCAAGACAUCGCCGGAAGUGUAGAUGGCGGUAUCUUGAGAAGUGCCUCGGCCGCUCACAACCGACCGCUCCUAUCUGCCGGUGACCCGCACGGCCAUGCUAGAAGCACGAGCCUGGGCGGUUUACUCAGUGGGGGACGGAGGGACCUCAGUCCUCGAGGAGCUGAUGACCGCACACGACAAGGAUCGUCACCACCAACUCCAUCUGCAAGUCCAAGACCUUCGGGCGAAGGCCCCUUGCCGCCGCCAUUGACAGAUAAGCCCCUGCCAGCUGCGCCUGGUCCUGUAUGGGCGGAUAGCUCCCCAACGAAAACAGCUCCCGUCUUCCUCAAACCUCACAUCGUCUCGCCAACAGCCGAAGAAUUCCUCCUUGUUACGGGUACCGGACCGUUGGACCCCGGCAUCGGCAUGUUUGUGAACCUUGACGGCGACCCAACGAGACCGACUAUCGAGUUUGACAGAUACCCCCGGCAAGUGGUGGUGGACGGUGGGUCAUCUAGCCAGUCAUCGUCCAGGAUGACACUGGGACAGGAAGAAGAGGGAUAUGUCAUUGCAUCCAUGACGAAGGACUCGGAAGCAGGGCUUCGUCAUGGCCUGGAGAUCCAGAGAUGGGAUGCGGACGGGGCUGACCCAGAAACAUCCAAAUGGUGGUUGGAGACGGACACACCAGGAGGAGAUGAAACGACAUCUCUGGGUAUUCGGUCGCUGAUGGGCACCGAUGAGACUCAUUUCGAAGAGAUCGUCGACAGACUUUGCCAAAGAAAAUUCUCCCCUUUCCCUGGAGGAGUAGCCGAAAACCCGAUAUUCUCACCGAGGAGCGCAGAUUCUCGCACCGCAUCGUCUCUAGAGCAGUUGACGAAAGAAAGAGAACUGUUCGAACGUGAUGUGGACUCCCAAGAAGAGGACGCAUUGCCUGAGGGGUGGGAAGACAACAGAAAUGGAGAAGAGAGGGAGUUUGCACGACGACUUGCGAAUGCCAAUUCAAGGAUAGCGGUAUGGGCGGCAGAUCACAUCUGGUGGGCAAUUCGGAACCCAAUGUUGCUGCGGCUGGAAGCUAGACUGGAAGCUGCGUUCGAGCAAGAUGGAACCUCAGACCCAGCCAGGCUCAACCGACGUGCGAUUUUCACGGUACUCAACUCAUUCAGGGGGCAGGAUGCCAAGUCGGAGCUGGAGUUCGUCACGUUCAGUUACCUGCGCCAGCGCGCUGGAGUCCUCCUCCUUACCAACUUAUUGCAUGCGACAGAGACGCCCUUCACAAAUGUUGAGUUGAAAGCCUUGGAGGAAGUUUUGGUGGAGAGUAGUCUGGAUCCUCGCGUUGUGCUAUCUUUAAUACCCAGUCUGCGGAAUGAGAUUGUUGAGAGCCGGAGAGGCAUAUGGAUCUUUGGCGGCGUCAAGAGAACAACAGAGAACUACCUGGAAAGCGAGCAUUUCCACAAAGACAGUCACACAAUAGGGGACCUCGACAGUAAAGUCGUGCAGUUCCUGCGGCGGUUCCUGGCUGCGUGGAGGAAGAAGAAGGGAUUUGGCAGCGUUGCGGACGAAAGCGAGGUGUUCCGGACCGUCGAUGCCGCGUUGUUACUGGUCCUCCUUGAGCUCGACCAGAAUUCGCCCAUGGGCUUGGCGAGGAAGAGCUCGUCUGUCCGGUCGGAGCUAUACGACGUCGUCGAUAAGGGCGUAGACUGCUUCGACCGAGCUGCCUCCCUUUUGGAGUCAUACCACCGCCUCUUCGUGCUGAGUCGGCUAUACCAAAGCCGCAAGAUGGCGGGCGACGUUCUUGCGACUUGGCGGCGCAUCAUUGAGGGCGAGGCUGACUAUGGCGGCGAGCUGCAAGACGGAGAGCAGCGCGUCCGCGAGUAUCUCACAAAGAUUAGCAGCCAGGCCCUUGUUAGGGAGUAUGGUGUCUGGCUUGCCAGCCGCAACCCGAAGCUGGGCGUGCAGAUCUUUGCAGAAGACAAGGGCAAGGCCCCCGGAUUCGAACCCGCGGAAGUGGUGGCCAUCCUCCGUGAAGAGGCUCCAGAUGCCGUCAAAUACUACCUUGAGCAUCUUGUUUUCGGCAAGGGGCACACGGGCUACGUCAACGAGCUCGUCGCAUAUUACUUGGACAUUGUUCUCAGCGAGCUGGAGACGUCACAAGAAAGUCGAGACACGUUUGCCGGCACAUACACAUCAUACAGAGCUCUGCAGGCCCCGAAACCGACAUAUCGACAAUUCCUAACAGAUAACGCCCCCGAAGACGACGAGGUCUGGCAGAGCCGACUGCGGUUACUGCAAUUGUUGGGUGGUGCUCACCAGUACGACGCCGCAGCCAUCAGGGAGCGCAUAUCGGCGCUGCCGGACGAGCUUCUUGUCCCAGAGACCAUCAUCCUUGACGGCCGCGAGAGGCGCCAUGAGGACGCCAUCCGGCUCCUCGUACACAAGCUGGGCGACUACGACACGGCUGUCUCGUACUGCCUGCGUGGUGGUUCGAGUAUCUACACUCGCCCUGACGGCAGGCGGGAGAGCACGCCGACGCACGACAUGCAGGCGCGGCUGUUUCGGGCUGUCCUCGGCGAGUUUCUCACCAUACAGGACGUCAGCGACCAGAUUGAGCAGACUGGCGCUUUGCUCGAGCGCUUCGGGGGCUGGUUCGAUGUCGAUGACGUUCUGGCGCUGAUUCCCGACCAAUGGUCAGUUGAAGUUGUGGCCGGGUUCCUGAUGACGGCCUUACGACGCAUUACGCAGGAAAGGCACGAGACAACGGUCACAAAGGCCCUCAGCUCGGCGGAGAACCUGCGGGUGAACCACGACUUGAUUGUCAAGGUGGAAGAAAAGGGUCCGUCGAUCGAGGUCCCCAACUAG